CAAAAUCAUGGCAGCCCAUUUCUAUGAUACCCAAUCUGGCCCGAAUUCAACUAAACCCAAUGUCAUUCACAUUCAAUCUCAACAAUCCUUACAAUAAUAAUACAAGCCCAAGACCUGAGCCCAAACCCAAGUGGCCCACACAAAAUCCAAUAUUAUAUAUUUCCAAAACCAAACCCAAUCCUUCAACUUAUUUAACUACAACCAAACCUAACCCAUUUACGCCACUUAUAUCCCAGCCCAAGCAUAUUAUUCCAACCCUUACAAUCAAACCCCACUCUAGCCAACAUAACCCAACUCCAAUAAAAGCUUCCGAGCCAGCAUAUCACCAUACCACCCAUCCUCUUUUUCAUUCCCAAACUAUUGAAAUUUUUUCAAUCAAAUUCUACCCAUUGACAGUACACCAUGCCAACAACAUGUCACCCCCAACUCAUGACCGAUUCAAUAACAUCAAUAUUACCCUUCAAUUAAUCCAUCCUUUUUUAAAGAGGAGAGGGGAAGGAAAACAGGGAGAUGGCCACCGAGACACAUGCUACCGACGGUUGGAACUUGCAUUCCUUAUCGACAAUGGUUUGGAAGGAAAAAGCACGACUCGAAAAUGGCUGCAAGGGUGGGAGGGACUUGAAUUCCCAAAGAAUUUUAGUGUGAUUGCUGUGUGUCCCAAAGGAAUGGGUCCAUCUGUGAGGAGACUUUACGCUCAGGGCAAAGAGAUUAAUGGCGCUGGAAUUAAUUCCAGUUUUGCUGUCCACCAGAAUGUUGAUGGUAGAGCAACUGAUGUUGCCCUGGGAUGGUCAGUUGCCCUAGGUUCUCCUUUCACAUUUGCCACCACUUUGGAGCGGGAGUAUAGGAGUGAUAUCUUUGGGGAGUGGGGCAUUCUACUUGGUUCUGUUCAUGGAAUUGUGGAGUCCUUGUUCCGAAGGUACACUGUCAAUGGAAUGAGUGAAGAUCAGGCUUACAAGAAUACUGUUGAGUGCAUUACAGGAAUUACAUCCAAGACCAUCUCUACUCAGGGUAUGUUGGCUGUUUACAACUCCCUAUCUGAAGAGGAGAAAAAGGAAUUUGAGACAGCUUAUAGUGCAUCAUUUUAUCCUUGCAUGGACAUCUUGUAUGAGUGCUAUGAAGAUGUAGCCGAUUGUAGUGAGAUCCGCAGUGUUGUCUUGGCUGGGCGUCGGUUUUAUGAAAAGGAUGGUUUACCAGCUUCCCCAAUGGGAAAAAUUGAUCAGACUUGCAUGUGGAAAGUUGGUGAGCGUGUCCGAGCAGCACGGCCAGCUGGUGACUUAGGCCCCUUGUACCCUUUUACUGCAGGUGUCUAUGUGGCUUUAAUGAUGGCCCAGAUUGAAGUCUUGAGGAAGAAGGGGCACUCAUACUCUGAGAUCAUCAACGAAAGUGUGAUUGAGUCUGUAGAUUCAUUGAACCCAUUUAUGCAUGUUCGAGGAGUUUCUUUUAUGGUGGAUAACUGCUCCACAACAGCUCGGCUUGGAUCAAGGAAAUGGGCCCCUCGUUUUGAUUACAACCUCACGCAACAGGCGCUGGUGGCAGUGGACAGCGGUGCCCCCAUCAAUCGAGAUCUCAUCAGCAACUUCCUUUCAGAUCCAGUGCAUGGAGCCAUUGAAGUCUGCGCUCAGUUGAGACCUACCGUUGACAUUUCAGUUCCACCAGAUUUCACUCCAACAAAGGUGGAACCUGAACCAUUUAAGAGAAAGGUGGUGAGGCUUCCAAUAUCAAGGCGUGGCCUUGGAUCUAAAGGGCAAAAUAUUGUUGUGCUUACAAAUCACUUCAAAGUUAAUGUCACCAAUUAUAGUGUUUCCCUCUCAUAUGACGAUGGUCAUCCUGUUGAUGGUAAGGGUAUUGGAAGACGAGUAAUUGACAGAGUGCAAGGCCGUGUUCUAUCCGCCCCAAGGUUAAAAGUAGGAAAUGGUGAGGAUUUCUUUCUUCAAAAUGGGCGGUGGAAUUCCAAUAAUAAGAAAUUAGUGGAGCCGACAAAGAUAAAACGAUGGGCUGUUGUGAACUUUUCUGCGCGCUGUGAUAUUCGUAGCCUUGUUCGUGAUCUGAUAAAAUGUGGCGAUAUGAAAGGCUUGAAGGAAGACUUGCUAGAGGAGCAGCCUGAAGGUGUAUCAGAAUACAAGUAUUCCUCCCAUAGUGAUCUUGAAUUGCUUAAUAAGUGGAAAGGGUUGCCGGAUCGCAAAUGGACUUGGGAAUCAUGCGACAACCUUCAAUAUCCCUUUCUCCAAUCACACCUUGAGGACAAGGUGUCUCUCGAUGGACGGGGAAAUGUUAGAACUCAUAUAUAUAUUUUCUGCAGGAAAAGAGAAUAUAAAAAAAGCUGUGACCCAAAGGCAAAAUCGGAAGGCUGUCACCUUAUUGCAAAUCCAACCACUCAGAAUAUGAAACGUGGCAGAGCAGGAGAGAAUGAAAUGGCGGUGGAAAGAGUUGAAAAAGGGAGCAGGUGGGGGGAAAAGGGGCAGGUGAAAAAAACUAAGGAAAAGGUGGGGCGAGAGGGUUCUCUCGAAUGUUGA